AUUACGUCAUGUGACAAAAAUAUGCGUGCGUGAAAAGGCGCCCAAAGCAAAAAGCUUCUAUUUAUAUAUUUUUGGCAAUAUUUUUGGAAUUUUUCUUGCAAGAAACUGGCCUUUAUAGGUUUUAGAACGUCUUAAUUUGAAUUAUAAAUCGUAAAAGCGAAGAUUUUAUUACUGUGAACAAGUUUAUUGGCGUUGUUUUGAAGAGGACUUGAGGGUAGUUCGAUCCAAUAUGGAGUCGGACGACAAGCCAUUCGUUUGUUCAGCUCCAAAUUGUGGUCAGAGAUUCGCCAAUAACGAUCACCUUGAAAGUCAUAAACAAAAACACCAACUAUCGCUCAAGUUACCAGGGAACUUAAAAAGUACCGAUUUUCUCCAACUAGCAGAUCAAACUCCUACCCCAACUCGUUUCUUAGAAAAUUUAGAAAAAGAAGGUUUAUUUCAAGAUCUUGAAAAUCCAUUUGAUCAGGAGUUUAAAAAAGCAGCACCUUCGAAUUCUGAGGAACAUCCACCUCAGUCUGUUGCCACGACAACAAACAGCACCAUAAAUGAGAAUAGCGUCAUCAUCAUUAAUGCACCAAUUUCAGCAUCCAAAACAGAAAUAGCAAUACCAGAGAUACCCAUAGUUGCUGAGACGGUCGUUGUUCCCGCAGCAACCCAACCACUUACUACAUUAAGAGAUCCUCCACCCAUUACACCCAAGACAUCUAAUACAUCAGCCGCAGUGUCUGUCUUGGUACGGACCACCCCACGUCAUCAAAUACCAACAGUAAUCCCUGCUGCAAUAGCUAAUGCAAAUAUACCAGUACCAGCAGCUCUUCCUGUACCUGGUCACUUAUCAAGGACAACUGGUCAAACAUCAAUGCCGGUUUCUAUUCCAACACCUGCAAUAGUUAGCAGUCCUAGUGCUAGUAAUCCACCUUCCUUUAUUGGAAGUGCUAAACAGCGUCUGAAAGAACAGCUGCGUCAGAACCACAACAACAAUGCUAUCAACAAUGCAGAUAAUAUCAUAAGUCAAGCCAUGACUGAAGCUGUAGACAUGGUGACCUCAGAAAAUCGCAAUGGUCUUUCAAAUCAUGUGGCUCAUUCACAAAUUCAUCACCACCAGCAACAGCAUCAUUUUUCAAACGGAGAUCAUUGGGAUGAAAAUGAUAAUGAUAAUGAAGAAAUGGCAUAUGGCCAAAAAGACAAAAAACGUCCUAGACGAACACAAGAAGAACUAGAUCCCGAUGAAAGACGGCGGAAAUUUUUAGAACGAAAUAGAGCUGCUGCUACGAGAUGCCGAGAGAAAAGAAAGAUUUGGGUUCAACAGCUCGAAAAGAAAGCUGACGAUCUGUCUGACACAAAUACCCAGCUACAGAAUGAAAUCUCGUUACUCAAAUCCGAAGUAGCGCAACUAAAGUCGCUUUUACUGGCUCAUAAAGAUUGUCCUGUUACUCUCGCCCAGCAGAACAUGUCGGUUCAGAAUCCAAUAGGGCAAGGUAAUGUUCAGCCCAGAACUAAUGGGGGUCAUGUACAGGUAACAGAGACCCCUAACGGACUGGCACUAACAGUUACUCGUAACGAAGUGACGCCAGAAGACGUAGCCACUACCGCUCUUACUCAAAUGGCGCAGCGUGCAAUGGGUGACCCCUACGGAGGACAAUCCAACUGGGCGUCCGCAGAAUAGUUUAUUCCUCGUUACCUUAGCAGCAGAAUUUUUUAUUCGUUGCCAUAGCAACAGAGACAUUUUAUGACAAUGUAGGAAGACAAAUACAAGCAGUGCUUGGUGAAACUAUUAGGCGUUUGGUUUUUGUUAAUUGCUAGAACUGUCGCGAGAGGAGAAGAGUCUCUGGUGUAAUGUAAUAUAUACGGCACAGCUGAUAUCGCAAUACCAGCUUUAAGGCGCUAUAAAAGGAGAAAUUUACUCUGCAUAGGUUGUAGAAGAGGUUUGUAUGGUGCAAUGAAGAAGCAAUCGUUGCCAAGAGUAGAAUUCUACUUUUCGCAACGAAUGCUGCAGUUUGUCUCGCAACAUAUUUUCAAAUUGCGCUGUAGGUUACACUCUGCAAUGCUCCAUGCAACUUGUGUCGCAAUUGCUCCGUGUAAUCUUGCCUUUACAAUCUUUAGAACAAGUCGCAAUAGAUAUACAAAAGAGCAGCAUAAAUUGAAUUACGCCGGCGAUUCUUCUUCAUACUAACUUAUAUCUAUACCAACUAUCGUGUAUACCAGUCCAUGUGACAAUCAGAUAAUAUGAAUCUGUCCAGUUAUCUUAUACGUAAGACGUAACCAAGUCCAAGACUACCUCUGGGGUCUACUAAGAGGCCGUUUAAACAAAAAGUGGUACGGAUGCUAAGACGGCUAACUCUUUUGCUAAGCAAAAGGCUUGUCCCGCCUCUAAACAAAUCCUCGCUGCCAUAUUUCUCUGUCCAAUCCAGUAUGGACGCAGGAAGCCGGAGGUGGCACGUAGGGAAAACACCUUGUGCUUCAAGGAACCUCUGGCACCUAGGGUCGUGGGUCAUCAGAUAUGUAAUGAAUGGUAUUAGAGAUGGGCUACCUGUGGCAAGUUGACUUGGUAGCUUGGUUACACUUUCAUAAAUAGAAGCUAAACCGUGGUUGGCCCAAUGAUUGCAUGACAUAUUGAUGUCUGCAUCUAUUGGAUCCUGGACCUACCUUGCCUCUUAUUUAAGGUUUUUGCGGUUAAUAUAUAUAAUGUACAUUAUCAUACCAUAAGUCGAACCUGUAAGCGAGAGCUGUGGUGUUUUUUUAUGUAACAAAUAUCUAAACGAGACAUUGUGUCCACAAUGUAAUUUAGCCUUGUUAUUACAGUUACAGCUAAUACAUUAAAAUAUUGAAAAUGAUCAAAA